AUGUACACCACCACGGUAACACGGCACGAGGGGAAGAAGGAAGCGUUGGAGAAGGACGUGGAACCACUUCCAGUGCCGAGAGAACGAACCCCGGCUAGCCAGCCGAUAAUAUGGCGAAAUGUGAUUGGUAUCAUUGUGCUUCAUUUCCUCGCCGUUUACGGUUUCGUGAGCGGUUAUCGAGAUGCCAAGUUCUGGACGUGGAUUUGGAACAUCGCGUACGGUUUGACGACUGGUUUCGGAAUAACGGCGGGAGCUCAUCGGCUCUGGGCGCAUAAGAGUUACACCGCCAAGAUCCCUCUGCGAAUCUUUCUCGCUUGCUUGUACUGCAUGGCUGGCCAGACUCGUUUCUACAAUUGGAUACGAGACCACAGGACGCACCACAGAUACACGGAAACACCGGCAGACCCGCACGACGCGACUCGCGGAUUUUUCUUCUCUCACAUCGGCUGGCUGAUGGUUAAAAGGCACCCGGCCGUAAAGGAGUACGGCAGUAAAGUCGAUAUGAGCGACAUCGUCGCGGAUCCUGUGCUGAGAUUUUUCGACAGGUAUUACGAGGUCAUUAUGCUCUCGCUCUGCUUUGUGCUGCCGAUACUGUUGCCGGUGCUGGUGUGGGACGAAACGUUGUUCAUAAGCGUUCAUGCGGCGUUCAUUCGCUACGUCUGGUCGUUGCACGCCACUUUCGUCGUGAACAGUUUCGCCCAUAUGUGGGGAAAUCGACCGUAUAACAGGCAAGUUUCAGCUACCCCGGGUCGCUAUCCCGUCGAUCACAGAGAGGGUGGGAGGGUCAAGCCGACGGAGAAUCCCACCGUGUCCUUCUUCGCACUGGGCGAAGGCUGGCACAAUUACCAUCAUUCUUUCCCGUGGGAUUACAAGGCUGCGGAACUGGGCGCGUACGGCCUGAACGCGACCACCGCGUUCAUAGAGCUGAUGGCGCUCGUAGGCUUGGCGUACAAUUUAAAAACACCGAGCAAAGAGCUGGUCGAUCGAACAACGCUGAAGAAGGGCGACGGGACGAACAGCCUUUGGGGAAAUCACAGACACUGA